CCGGUGCACAACAUAACAGACCCAACAACCAGACACUUUCUAGUUAAAGGUUGAGACUCCUCCAGUGGGAUUUUCUACUCUCUCAGGUUCUGCGUAGUUGCAGCUUUUUCGUGACGCUCCACUCUUUUUGAAUCCGGGUGUUGUUCUUCACCUCCCGACGGUGUUUCAGUGAGGUAGAAACCUGCUGAAAUGGCUCUUGGAGUCCUUGAUUCACAAGUGAAGGGUUCGCUGAGCGGGAGCACAUAUUUUGACCGAGGUUCUAUAGAGGAGCGUGAACCUCCGCCUCCACUCCGCAGCUACCUUUGUUUGACAAUUUUCACCUGCUUUUGUCCUGCAUACCCCGUCAACAUCGUGGCCCUGGUCUUCUCCAUCAUGUCUAGAAACAGUUACUACCAAGGUGACUACGAUGGGUCCAGACGGCUGGGCAGGAACGCCCUGUACGUCUCCGUCGCCUGCAUCAUCAUCGGCCUCCUCAUCAUCGCCAUCAGCUGCAUUGUCCAUUUUACCACGAUGGAUUUUUAGCACAGACGACAUGUCGCACCUCUGGUGAUCUCCGGACGGAGUCGGGUGGUUCGUUUCUAACCAUCUGCAAACCAAGAGGACUCGACUCGUGUUCACUUCGAUCUGCAAAUCACUUCCUUUCAUGUUUCCUGUUCUUUACAUGGACACACAACACCAGCGGUCAGUGAUGAGGCAGCUUCCUAUAGGUGCGUGGGGGAAUCCACGAAUCACAGCAACAUUUUUCUUUGGUCAGGUUGUGAGCUCUUGUGUGACACAAUGUAUAUUCUCUGUUGUUAGUAUAAAAUAUGAAAUGAUGACAUAAAAAAAACAUGGAAUACAUAUUUUAUUGAUCAUGAUAACUUCAUGUAUGAUAAUGAUUGCAUUUUCAUUGAAAGAUGCCAGUCUGUAAAUCUGACCUUUGUUACUUACUUAGCAAUGACAUUAAUAAUAUUAUGUGCUGCUAAAAAAUAAUGACUAUAAUAUUUUGAUGAUAUCAUCUGUGUAUCUAACACGUGACCUGGGAAUUUGACUUUUCCUCUCCGUGGAAAUGGCUCUAAACAUUUCGAGAAACCUAAGGUUUGCUUUUAAUAACUUGUCUUCAAAUAUUUCACAUUUAAAAGAUUAAUCGUGGUUUAGAUUCACACGUUUUCAGUGUGUCAAUAAUUCCUCUGACUAUAGUGCCACACUGUUCCCUGUGUGGCCUGACAUGCCUGAGCCCAAUGUGGCAUCAAAUCUGUUACAUAGAGGUAAACACAUCAGGAGAUCAAGUAACUUGUCUUUGAGAUUCUUUACACCUGCGAGACCCUGCGAGACCCUCACACUUAAAAUGAUGUUUAACGUUGAACUGGCUUGUUUCUGUUGUCUCUUAACUGUUAUUCUCGAUGUCUUAUCUUUAAUGUAUUUCCAUGCCUUGUAUCUGAAUUGUUCUAUAUAAAUACUCUUGCCUUUC